CCCACAGGCUUUUUUUUCCUCGAUAAAACUCGGGCCGACAUCAUUUUACAAAUUCACUUUGUCGGAGAUUGCAGGUUUUGACACUUUGUGUAGGGUUGUUCAUUUCGAAGAAACUCUGCAGCUGACAACUACUUUUUGUAUUUUCUUUUUUCUUAAUGGGCAAGUGAAGUUUUGAAAAGACGUUUUAUGUGACACGAACGGGAAGCAGAGUUUUUGAGAAAGUUUCUCUAAUAGUUUCUUUUUAAGUUUUUUUUUUCCCUUUUGCUUUCUGUAAACCAUGGCGUGUGAAGGGAACGGCAUUUCCGAUGAGAGGAUAGGAGAGGCCCUCAUCAAAGAUGUCAUCGAGGAGGAGCUGAGGGAGGUACCUGCAGUGGACCUGCCGCCCCUCACUCCACUGGCUGUGCAAGUAGAAACUGUGCAGGAGCAGAAGAUAGUGAACCAGCUCAGCAAAAUGAUCCGCAUCAUUGGCGACAGGGUGCAGGGCGACACGGAGUUCCAAGAUGCAAUAGAUGGGGUGGCACAAGGCUCCGGCUCCAAGUGGGAGAGAUUUAAGCAGGUGGCCUGCAAGGUGUUUGAACAUGGGAUCACAUGGGAGAGGAUCGCUGUGCUCUUCUAUGUUGCCGGCAGGCUGGCUGUCAGGAUGGUGGAGGCUCAUCUCCCUCAGUCGGUGAGGGAGAUAAUGAUGUGGACCGUGGAUUAUUUCAGAAACAAUCUCCUGGGCUGGAUUCGGGAACAUGGAGGAUGGAUCAACAGUUUCUCCGACCUGGCGGUGGCGUCCAUGCAGAGCAUGUCGUCCAUGAGCUCUCACCGAUUGGGCCUCGUCAUCAUCUUCGUCGCCGGCGUGACUCUCGGAAGCCUCAUCACCUGGAGGCUGACCAGAUGACUCUGAGGCGCGCAUGCACGCACACACACACACACACACACACACCGUAUUGAUAUGACUAAAAAGGGGGUUAAUGAUUCUGCUCUCAGAUGAGGUCACGCCCUGAUCAGUCGUUGCCAUAAGAGGAUUUGAACAUAAACUAAGAAUCAUUUGUAAACAUGCCACUGAGACUCUACUUUUCUACUUUUAAUCUAUGCAAAGUGUUGAAAACUUGAAAGUGCCAAAAACAGUCAAAGAUAUUUUCAUGGUACUGUAUCAUGUUAAAGAGAAAUUCUGCCCUCGCAGUAAUUAGGAGAGAAAAAAAAAAUCAGAAAACCCAGAAAAAAAAAAAAAAGUCCUUCAUCCUGUAGUUUCUUUGGAAGCUGUGAGGGGACGAAUAGAUUUGUCUUUAAAAACGUGCCAGUACAAAUGUGUCGUUAACAGAUACUAUCAUGAAACAAGAAGCAAAAAUAUGUGUGGUCUGGUAGUUUGUGUCGCAAUAUGUUAUCAUCUUUAUUCAUGUGGUUUUUAAAAAAAAAAAUGUUUUAUUUUAGAUCCCAUUACUUUUAGUCCUUGGAAAAUGGCGCUAAAAUGAUAAAAUGGUGGCGUCAAUAUGAAUUCCUACUUGAAAUCCCUCUAUCCUGGUGGUUUAGUGUUAAAGGUUUUACAGUUUAUUUGCACAAACAAUCAUUUUGAUUAUUCAUGACCACUACCCAAAGGAGUUCUUAUUCCUGUCCGUCGAGUGAAACGAUAUUAAAGCCGUACUCUUUAAGUGCGACUUUGGAUUGUUGCCUUUGGCCUCAGUAGGGGCAGAAUCGUCACUUUACGCCAAAGAUAGAAAGAAAAAUGAGAGGGAGAAAAAAGAAAAAAGGCAGGGAAUUGGAUUACCCUAAGCCACUUUAAAGUCGGAAUCUUUCAGAUUUGUUUGGUACUUCUCUUUCUGGCGAGUUUCAGAGCAAUAGCAAGUUAAAUGUCCGUCGUCGUUUCCAGCGGCGCUGUUUGGAUUUCAUGUCAUUAGUCAGAGAUGUACACACAGGACGCCCAGUGGGGUUAUCUCGGGUAAAGUCGUCAUUGUAGAGGCAGUCAGCUCGUUUAAAUAGUUUUUACAGAUGUGUCCUCUUUGGUGUACAUGUCACUAAUUACUAACAGUGAGUGUCAGCUCAGGAUGGAGAAACAGUGUCAUUAUUACACGCAGUGGCAAGAAAAACGAAGUUAAACCCUUUGGAGUUUUCUGCUUUAAUUCACAAUUUUUAUCCCCCCCUAAAAAAAAACCAAAACAAAAUGUGAAUUUCCCCUAAGGGAUGAAUAAAGUAUCAGAACUCAGAGGGAUGUCCACACCAGGCGUCCUGAGGCAUAUGUCUGAAUAUCAUGCAUUGUCUGAUCCACACUGUGUUUCUCUGCAUCUGUUACUUAGAUGAAGAUCACACAUCACAUUUUAUGGCCAGUUACUGGAGUAAAGCAGGUUAUUCCAAAGGGUUGUUUUGCAUUUACUCGCCACUGUAGUUUGAUCACCACAGCAUAAUAACUCGUUCCUUUUUGCACAGUUUGCCUAACGUUUUUCUGUUUCCCUGAACCUCUGACCCAGUAGGUCUCUUUAUGGUGAGACCUACUGGGUCAGGGUUUUUUUUAUAAAACCCUGACCACCUGCUUCUUUUUGUCUUGCCGCUCUCCUCACCACCUGGUUUGCCACUUUUUUUUUUUUUUUUUGGUUAGAAAUUGAUGCAUUUUUUUGGUUGAUGCACUACAUGUCAGCAUUAUUAUGUGUAUCAGCAGCAUUAUCAGUCAUUUGCUGCCAUGAAGCUGCCAUGAACACCCUCUAAUUUAUUGUUAAGUACUUGUUCAUUGACUGGAACCCCAUGGAUAGCAAGUGUCAGGCAUCAGACUUGUGUCCAUAGAUCUGGAUAUAGAUUCAAAGAGCCUCUCCAUCACGACACCGAUCACGUGUUUCAUCUAAAUCUAGGUUUUGUUUUUUUUUCUGAAAGCUUUUGACAUUAAGAUGGAUGUAGCACUGUAAGAUAAAUUUGGCUUAGAGGAACCUAAAAGGUCGUUGCUUUGUUUUCAUGUUUAAAAAACAAACAAAAAAAAAAACAUCAACCAUCAUCCAUCAUGAUUUUUUUUAAACCCUUUUUUUAAAUCGCUCUCAAAAAUUCCUCCAUGUUUAUUUGUUGUCUUAAUAAAUUCGGUGUACUGUAUCUUUUCUUUUCCUGUUGCUUCCUUUUUUGCAUUUUUAUAACAUUGUCAAGCUACUGGCACACUUCCUGCAGAAAUGUUUCAUAUUAAAAGCCUUCCAGUGACCCAAAGGACAGAGCCCUUGCAGUAGAAAAUGAAUGAACUAAUCAGUUAGUGAAAGUAUUUACAUCACAGGACCAUCAUUCUUGACUAAAACCGUACUGAACAUCUCGCAUGGACACACGUCUGUUGUUGUGAGUCAGGCUUGUCCAGCAGGACUCCGGCUGUGUCACACAAGUUUUCCUCAAAAGGAACCAAAAUCUUGUUUACAUGAUGUUUAAGAGUUUACAUGUGACUGAACCUGUGACCUUCCCGUGUGAAGGCGGUUUUUACUUCCUCUUUCUGUGAUAUGAUGUCGCCACCAGCUGAAAGUACAUUGGUUACCCAAGUGCCUGUGUAUGAACGAUGUGAUGUUGGUCAUGUUUAUUGAGGAUGUGGCUUUCAGUGUCUUCAGUUCUCCUAAACUUAUGUCCCGCAAUUUAUAAAUGCAGAAAAUAAAUGUCGUUUUGUCAAA